AUGGCGUGGUUCGCGUCCAAGGUGAACCUCUCGACCAUCGUGUCCCAGGGACUCGAGCAUGUGCACAAGCUCAAGGACGACGUCGAGAAGCAGUUUGACGAUGCUGUCUCCAAUGGCAAGCCGGCGCCGAGGGCCUCGCCACUGCGAAGCACGGCCAUGACGCCGCCGCUGCAUCCGGCGCCCGCACCGUCGCCGCCACGGUCCAACCCGACAUCGGCCCAGCACGAAGCGACAACCGCAAACGACUUUGCAAAAAGUAGCAUCCCGACGCCGCCCCGGUCGUCUGACGGCAACAAGAAGCCGCUCAACUUUUUCUCCGAGUGGAACCUCGGACCGCCGUCGCACCACGAAAACGUCAACUUCCCGUCCGUCAAGUCGGCAGCACCGGUCGCCCAAGUGUCCCCUGUAAGGCCAGAGACGUGCUCGCCACCGACGCCACCGCUGACGGGAAAGCGCGAAGAUGAUAUGUCUUCGGAGGAUGCUACCAACGCUGCCGCUCUCGACUACAUCAAGGCGCACUCGAUGCCCAUCCAAGUGGCAAGCGUGACUCUGCCUCCGACGACCUCGGACGAGAAACCCCCCGAGGAUGACAGCUCGCUCUCGAUUGGGUCCAGCGUGUCGACGGUGCUCACCGACGUGGAUGAGCGUCCGUCGUCAACGUCGUCGCUGGCACCGUCGUCCACCGAGGACUCGGCUGCAAUGGAAGCCCUGCAAGCCGAGCUCGCCAAGACGCAGGCGCUUUUGACGGAGCGCGAGAAUCAGCUCUUGUCCGCUUCGGCCAAAAUGACCAAAUUGAUGGAAGAACUCGAUGCCGCCAAGUCGGUAGCGUCCUCGGACGCGGUCGUCGCGCAGCUGCAGCACGCUUUGCACGAGAAAGAAGAGCAGUUGUCGCAGCUUCUAAACGAAGGCCAAGCGCUCUCUAUCAAGCAAGGGCAGUACGAGGCCCGUUUGCGGACUCUCCGGAAAGAAAACAACGACCUCCUCGACGAGCAUGCGCAGACCGUCGCCGCGCUCGAGACGACGCAGGCCAAGUGGGAGACGGCGCGAAGUCACCUCAUGCAGGCCGAGGACGAGCGCAAGGCGACACACGCCAAGCUCCAGCAACUCCAAGCCCACUCGGACGAGCUCCGGGCAACGCUAGCGGCGCUGGAGACCGCCAACGCCCGCGUCCAAGAGCUGGAAACACAGCAGGCACAGUGGGCGGCCGACAAGGUGGCACUGGAAGCAUCCCAGAGCGCUGUGGCCGACAAUGGCAUGCUCGAGUCGACGCUUGUCGAGAUGCAGAAGCGUGUGGCGGCCGUCGAGCGCGACGCCGCGCGUCGGGAAGAGCUCUCACGCAGUGAAAUCGCGUCGUGGAAGAAGCGGUACCAGGACACCGUGUUGCGCAUGGACACGCUUGCCGAGGAGACGACAGGCGCGACACAGCCGCUGCUCCGACAGCUCUCGCAGCUGCAGCAAGAGCAUCAGCAGCGCGAGCUCUUUUGGCGCACGUUCCAGCAGUCGGCUGACGUCCAGCUCCAGACCAGUACGCUCAACUGCCGGAAUCUCGAAGCGCAACUUGCGUCCGAAGUCGCGACGCGCCGCGGCUUGGAAGAACACAUUGAGACGUGGCAGAGCCAGAUUCACGCCGUGCAGCAACAGCUGGAGCAAGCCUCGGCGCGCAUCACGACGCUCGAAGACGACGAGGCCGCCCACCUCGAGGAGCUCACGCAGCUCAAGAGCUACAUCUCAACGCUUGAAGCUGAGAAGGCGGCGGCGACGACCAGCUCGAGCAACGAUACCAACGCUGUCGUUGCGGCGCUGACAGCCGACCUCGCGCGCGCCAAAGCCCAAGAAAGCACGUAUUUGGCGCGGGUGCGGGAACUCGAGCAGCAGGUGGCCGACCGAUCGCGUCCCUCCUAUCGCGAACGCAAGUCGUCGGCCGAGCUCCUCGUCUCGGAGCGGGCAAGUGCGACGACGGGAGAUGUCUCGCUUAUCGAGUGGCACCAACUCCAGCAAAAGGUGCGCCUCCGCGAGAGCGAGGCGGCGCUGCUCAAGCAGCAGGUAGACGAGCUCGAGGCGGUCAAGGCGUCGAGCAGCCAAGCCAUGGCGACGCUGCAGCAGCAGAACGCAGCCCUGGAAGCGGCGGCCGCCGAGUUGGCAUCCACAAAGGCAGCGCUGGAGGCUGUGACGGUGCGCCAGAACGUGCUCUUGGAACUCCUCGGCGAGAAGGAGGAGCAACUCGACGAGCUCGAGACGGAGUUUCGCGAGUGCAAGCAGCUCUACCAGCGCCAGAUCGACACACUCACAAGGGACCGCGUCUGAUAUUAUUUAACACCAGCGCCCACAACCAGUUUUG